AUGAAACCAGUUCUGAUUUUCGCUGUUCUCGCCGCAUUGGCUAUCGGAAGCCAGGCUAAGGAUGCACCAUCUGCUUGUAACUCUUGCAAAUCGAUGGUGCAAAACUUCAUCGAUGCCUCCAAGGACCAGAUGAAAAUGGCUCAACUCAAGAUCUCGCUCUCCAUGCUCUGCGCCGGAACAUCCCACCAAUCGGACUGCUCGAAGACCCUCGACAAACUUGACUACAUCGCCUUCAAACUUGCUCCAUACUUGGUUGAUACCUCAGCCGUGUGCUCGAAACUCCAAAUGUGCGGAGAGACUCAAUUCUCACCACUCGCUCGUCUCGCUAUGCUCUAUUUGAAGAAGUCGGAGAGCAUCGUUGCAAAUGAUAACAUUAUGAGACAACAAGUUUGUGACGAGUGCCAGGCGUCUUCCAGCCAACUCGGACAACUUUUCGCCGAUGACUUCACUUCUUAUGCUGUCAAAUCCACAAUCCAACGUCUCGUGUGCCGCAGUGCCGGAAAGGCUCACAAAGCAUGCAACAUUUUCGUCUCCUCGGUCAUUCCAGACUUGAUGACCGAAAUGAGAGAUAUCUUCCAAGAGAAGGAGUUGAUGUGCUCAAACAUGGGAUUGUGCUCGGCGACUGCUAAGCCAUUGACUCGUGAGACACCAAAACAACCACUGAAUGAGUUGUGGAAAUCAAUGGGAACUAUUAAGUCUUCGAAUGGAGAAGAGUUGAUGUCUUGCUUCGAAUGCACACUUUCCAUGGAUACUCUUCUCGAGGAAUUCAUUAAUAAGAGACAAGGAACCGCCGAUGAUAUUCAAGCAGCUGUGUGUGCUAAAGUAGUUGGAGCAUGGACUGCCGGAUGCAAUGAUUUCGUCCACAUGUACAUGUCUACCGUCCUCUUCUUGACCUACAAUCAAUUUGACGGAAAGGGAAUCUGUACUGCAAUGCAUACUUGUGAGAAGAAGGAGAGUGCACUGUUGGCUCUUGCCAAGCCAGAGAAGGCCAUGAUCGGAUGUGAGCACUGUCAAGCUGUCGAGCAAUUCAUUGCUCAGAACCACGAGGCUCUUCACGCUCACGCUGUUGAGGGAAUCUAUUCCAAUGUCUGCCAGAAACUUCCAACAGCUCUUGGAACUAUGUGUGAAUCAUCGGCCAUCCGUCUCUCCCGUAAAUUCUUCGCCCGUACCGCCGAAUUGGCCGCCAGUGGAGCAGUCUGCUCGCAGAUGUGCUAA